ACAGUAACCAGGGCCCUGUGUCUGCCAGUACAGUGGCAGCAACAGAGACAGUGAAGAGAGCGCUCCUUGACGGGAUUCCCGACGUGGAUUGGAAGACAAGUUAGGUGACGUAAUGACGUUGCCGGGAGAAGCGGCACUCCCGUGGGUAGACAGCUGAUGCGAGGAGUCCCUACUCCUUUCAGACAACGGAAAUCGCACAAGGAAAGCGGACAGACGGUUUAACUAUGACACACCGAAUUUGACCAUACAAAGAAAAAAAAGACGCCCCUUUUUAAUACAGGGCAGUUUCUGGUUUAGUUUUCAUAUCAUGAUCAAGUGAAACAAAAGCCGGUGCGUCUGUGGAUAUGCUUCUUGUUUGUUUUUUUGAAGAUUACAAGAAGAACGAUUUUUAAAUUAGUUGGUUGAAUGGAUGAAAUGAUGAAGCCACAAUUGUAAUUAAAUGGUACAUGGAUGGGCCUUUUAGUGAAUCUUGGUCAGUAGUUUGCCACCCGACCUGUGAUCGAUACUAUUAUACCAGCUGAUACAGUGGCUAAAGGUAGGACCGAUCUGAUCAUUACAUUCACCAGUGCCUUUUCCGUUUAUGCAAUCUUGAUCUGCCACUGUCAUUCCACGUUGUAGACGGGCAUACUUUCGCAAUCAACUAUCUUGGAAUAAUUGAGUGAAUGACUUGUAUCAUUUCAAUCAGACACCCUAACCUAAAAGACAAGAACUGCCAAAAUACGAAUGGGUCCAUAGUCCUAGUACAUUCUUGAAUAGCAUGGGGAAUCCGUAAUAACCCAAGAUACCCUCAAGUAUUAUGCAACACUUUUUGUUGCCCGGUACCGAUUUCCUUACAUCGGAGGCGAAGUACCCAUAACUGGGUCCGCGCUAGCUUCAAACAGGCGCCUUACUUCCGAAUCUCCCGGAUAAUUUUGGAGCAGCGCUCUCAGAAGGAAGGCAUGUUCGCCGCCGUGGAACAUGGACCCGUGCUCUGCAGCGACUCCAACAUCCUCUGCUUGUCGUGGAAGGGCCGGGUGCCCAAGAGCGAGAAGGAAAAACCGGUGUGUAGGAGACGCUACUAUGAGGAAGGCUGGCUGGCCACCGGGAACGGGAGGGGAGUUGUUGGUGUUACGUUCACAUCCAGCCAUUGUAGAAGAGACCGGCCCACUCCACAGAGGAUCAACUUCAACCUCCGAGGGCAUAACAGUGAGGUGGUGCUGGUGCGUUGGAACGAACCCUUCCAGAAGCUGGCCACCUGCGACACAGACGGAGGCAUCUUCGUGUGGAUCCAGUACGAGGGCCGCUGGUCUGUGGAGCUGGUCAACGACCGCGGCGCCCAGGUGAGCGACUUCACCUGGUCACAUGACGGCACGCAGGCUCUCAUCUCGUACCGGGACGGCUUCGUCCUGGUGGGCUCGGUCAGCGGCCAGAGACACUGGUCGUCUGAGAUCAACCUGGAGAGCCAGAUCACCUGCGGCAUCUGGAGCCCCGACGACCAGCAGGUGUUGUUUGGUACUGCGGACGGCCAGGUGAUCGUGAUGGACUGUCACGGGCGCAUGCUGGCCCACAUCCUGCUGCACGAGUCGGACGGCAUCGUCAGCAUGUCCUGGAACUACCCCAACUUCCUGGUGGAGGACAGCAGCGAGAGCGACACCGACUCGGACGAUUAUUUCCCACCGCAAGUGCACAGCCUGAAGCCCCUGUUGACGGUCAGCUUCACAUCGGGAGACAUCAGCUUGAUGAACAACUAUGACGACCUCUCUCCCACUCUCAUCCACACCGGCCUUAAAGAUGUGGUGGUCCAGUGGUGUUCCCAGGGCGACCUGCUGGCCGUGGCGGGGAUGGAGCGAGCCGCCCCCCCUCCCGACUGCACCCGGAACGCCGUCGUCAAGUUCUACAACGUCCACGGAGAACACAUCUACACGCUGGACACGCCCACCCAGCGUCCCAUCACCACGCUGUGCUGGGGCCACCGGGACUCGCGCCUGUUCCUGGCGUCGGGGCCGGCGCUCUACGUGGUGCGCGUGGAGCACCGCGUGGCCGGCCUGCAGCUGCUGUGCCAGCAGGGCAUCGCCACGGCGCUGAGGGAGGAGAAGGACGUGGCCAAGCUCACCAUGCCCUCGCGCCUGGGCUCCUACGUCACCACCGCCUUCGCCGCCACCAUCAAGCCCCCCAUCCCGGACCCCAACAACAUGCGCGACUUCGUCAGCUACCCGACGGUGGGGAACGAGCGCCUGCACUGCACCAUGAAGCGCACGGAGGACAACCCCGAGGUGGGCGGGCCCUGCUACACGCUCUACCUGGAGUACCUCGGCGGCCUGGUGCCCAUCCUCAAGGGACGGCGAAUCAGCAAGCUGCGACCCGAGUUUGUCAUCAUGGACCCCAAAACGGACGGGAAGGCCGACGAAGUGUACGGCAACAGUCUCAUCUCCUCCAUGAUCGACAGCUGUAACUGCUCAGACUCCAGCGACAUCGAGCUGAGUGAUGACUGGGUGGGGAAGAAGUCUCCCAAGAUAUCCCGAGGGAGCAAGUCCCCCAAGCUUCCCAGGAUUAACAUCGACCCCCGCAAGUCGCCCAAGCUCUCUCGCACUACUCAGGAGAUCUCCAGGUCGCCACGGUUACCCAUCCGCAAGCCCUCCAUCGGUUCUCCUAGUCUCACCCGGAGAGAGUUCCCCCUGGAUGACAUCACACAGCAUAAUUACCUUGCUCAGGUCACUUCCAAUAUUUGGGGAACCAAGUUUAAGAUUGUGGGGCUUGCCACCUUCCUGCCCACGAAUCUUGGUGCAGUCAUCUACAAGACCAGUCUACUGCACCUGCAGCCCAGGCAGAUGACCAUCUACCUGCCGGAGGUGAGGAAGAUCUCCAUAGACUACAUCAACCUGCCUGUCUUCAGCCCCAACGUCUUCAGUGAGGAUGAGGAUGACCUUCCUGUCACAGGGCCCUCUAGGGUCUCCGACGACAACCCGCCGUGCACCGUUAACAUCCCAAUCGCACCCAUCCACAGCCCUGCCCAGGCCAUGUCCCCUACCCAAAGCAUCGGCCUGGUCCAGUCCCUUCUAGCCAAUCAGAAUGUCCAACUGGACGUACUGUCCAAUCCCACGGCCACCUCCGCCGGAGCCUCUGGUGGUGGUGGGGGGUCGGACCAGGGUCAGGACACCAUCUUGACCGCCCAGUUUUCGGUCCCUGCCAGGUACUCAAGUCCUGGGCAGGUGAUCUUUGGAGGGUUGGAGAUGAGCCGACUUCUAGUGGGACCCCCGCCCUCACAUCACCCCCAGCAACAAAGUCAUCAGCAACAACAGCAGCAACAUCAUCAGCAGCAACUGCAGCACCAACAACAACAAAUUCAGCAGCAUCACCAACAGCAGCUUCAACAACACCAACAACAACACCAACAACCACACCAACAACAACAUCAACAGCAGCAACAUCAUCAGCACCAGCAACUCCAACAGCACCAACAGCAACUCCAACAGCAACACCAACAACAGCUCCAACAACAACACCAACAACAGCUCCAACAGCAACACCAACAACAGCUCCAACAGCAACACCAACAACAGCUCCAACAACAACAGAUGCAGCAGCAGCAACUGCAGCAGCAGCAGCAGCACAUCCAACAGCAGAUCCAACACAUGCAGCAGCAGCAGCAGCAGAUCCAACAGCAGCACCAACAGCAGCUGCAGCACCAACACCAUCUCCAACAGCAGCUCCAACAGCAGCAGAUGCAACAGCAGCACCAACAGAUACAGCAGCAGCUGCAACAGCAGCAGCAGAUCCAGCAGCAUCAACAUCAACAGCAGCAACAGCUGCAACAUCAACAGCAAAUACAACAACAGCAGCAGCAGCACCAUCAGGUGCAGCAGCAACAGCAGAUGCAACAGCAGCAGCACCAUCAGAUGCAGCAGCACCAGCUCUCGAGCCCUGUCCCCUCCCUGUCGGCAGGCCCGGGCUCGGGUGCCACAGUCCACCAGCUCCAGCAGGGGGCUCUACAGAUCCAGAUCCCUCACCCUCCUCAGGCUGACCUGGGGCCGGAGCGGCUGGUCGCCGCGGAGCACGAGCACCUGCUGAAGAUGAAGCCCACGCGCUCGACGCCACAGCUGGCGGAAGGGGACACGGUGGUGUUCAGCGCCCCGCUGGAGCUCAGUAAGAUGAACCCCCCGCCCCCGUACCCCGGGACCGUCGCCGCCGCGGUAGCUGCAGCUGCCGCCGCCUCUGCGGCCACCGCCGCCGUGGCUUCCGCCGCCGCCUCCGGGACACCAGGGGGCAACGGCGGCACGCCACCUCCGGGGGAGCUGUGCCUGAAGAAGGGUGAGUUUUCCCUGUAUCCUCCAGGCCAGCAGGCGGCGCAAUACCCGACUCCCCUGGGGUACGAACGCAUCACCACCUUCGAUAGCAGCGGGAAUGUCGAGGAGGUGUGCCGCCCUCGGACGCGCCUCGUCUGCAACCAGAACGUGUACACGCUGCAAGGCCCCGGCAGUUCAGCCACCCUCAGGGUCACAUCGUCGUCGUCAUCCUCCUCGGGCGAUGGGAAAAAGAUCCAGUUGCCCUACGCCUCGGCCACCCUCAACAGACUCACCGUACCUCGUUACUCCAUCCCCAGCGGAGACCCGCCCCCUUACCCCGACACAGCCAACCAGAGCAACGGCGGUGGGCGGAGCCCCGGCCAAAGGCUGGACAGCAGUCUGAUCCACGCCACGCUCAGGAGGAACAGCCGAGAAGCGGCGCUUAAAGUCUCCCAGAUGCUGGACCCUCAGAGAACACUGCCCCCGAAGGCCAAAGCUGGUAAUGCGCUGGCAGCCUCCUACCAGCAGAGGGUGCCCACUGCCCUCUACACCUGCAGCCAGUGCAGCAGUAACGGUGGAGGAAGUGGGGGUGGGAGUGCGCCGGGGAGCAGCAACGGGAUAGCCGGGGGAACCAUCAUCAGACAGGACUUCCCUCCGGGGAACGGAGCCCUGCACAGCACGGUGAUCGUCCACUCCAACAGCGCCUCCCCGCUGGCCUCCCAGUCUUCCUACAACCUGCUGAGCGCCCUGGACGGGAACGUCAGCGGAGGAGGAGGAGGGGGGGGGAACAGAGACAGGGCCGACUACGUCAACUCCGCCUUCACCGAGGACGAGGCUCUGAGUCAGUCGCUGAGGCACCUGGCUCUAGGGGGCGCCGACGUGUCGGGACUGACCCUGAAGCGACCGCCGCCGUAUCAGUGGGACCCGGCUGCCACAGAGGAGGUGUGGGUGCCUCAGGAGCGGACCGCCACCCUGCCCUCCGCCGGGCCCCAGGGACACCACAAACCGCCCCCGCUCAUCCUCAGUCCCACCCAGCACCUCGACGUGUCCAGGCUGCCCUUCGUCCUUUCCCCCAAGUCCCCCACCAGUCCCAGCGCAGCAGCCUCCUUCCAGGCUGCGGCGGCCGCCGCAGGCUACCAGAUCUCCCUCCAGUACCCUCCAGGCACCACCUUCAAUGGACCCCAGCUCCAGCCCAUGCCGGGCUCACCGCGCCCAUGCUCCCCUAAGGAGUUGGUAGCACCAGUUCCCUUCUCCCAGCAAGAUGCCACACUGGUCCUACCCCCUGGUUACCCUCCCAGCCUGGCCAACCUAUCUUGCUGCCCUUUGCCACCCAUGUACCCAGGAGGCAGCUCCUGCACCGGGCUCCCCGUUCCCCCCAUCACCCUCCACACACCCUGGGGCACCUACAACCCCUGCCCCCCCAUGCCCAGCCCAGCUGUGCCCCUGCCCCCCAAAGCCUCCCACAUGGCGGUGGACAAGUCCCUCCUCUCGCCCCCUCCUCCUCCCCCGCCUCCCCCACCCCCACCCCCGGCGGAGCUGCAGAGUCAUGGGGGCCAGCAGGAGGGUUCAGCCAUGGCGGAGGCCGGGGACGCCGGCUUCCAGGAGGUCCUCUCCCUCACGGAGAGCCCCGUGCCACAGCGAGCGGCCGACAAGUUCAGCAAGAAGAACCGCAAGCGGCCGGACGGGCGGGCAGAGGAGGCCAACGUCCCUCCGCUGGCAGAGGGAGGCAAGUCGAAGAAGGAGGGCAGGGCUCUGGGGGACUUCAACUCUCUCAUCUCCAGCCCAAGGCUGGGCGGCAGGGACAAGAAGAAGCUCAAGGGCCAGAAGGAGCAGCAGCUCAAGGCCAAGAAGUUGAGCAAAGCCUCCACCACCACCAGCGAGUUCCAGGACAGCUCGGAGAGCGAGCCCGAGCUCUUCAUCAGCGGGGACGAGCUGCUCAACCAGUGCCAGAGCAGCAAGAAGGGCUGGAAGAGCAAGAGGAGCCUCCGCGCGGCCAGCGAGCUGGAUGAGAUCAAAUGCCGCAAGGCCAAUGAGAAGGAGGACCGGGGACUGGGAAGCCAGGGAUUCGUCUACGUCAUGGCCAAUAAGCAGCCUCUGUGGAACGAGGCCACCCAGGUGUACCAGCUUGACUUUGGAGGUCGUGUCACCCAGGAGUCAGCCAAGAACUUCCAGAUCGAGCUGGAGGGCAGACAGGUGAUGCAGUUUGGCAGGAUUGAUGGCAACGCCUACAUCCUAGACUUCCAGUACCCAUUCUCUGCUGUGCAAGCCUUUGCAGUGGCUCUGGCCAAUGUCACUCAGCGCCUGAAAUGAGUGGUCCCGCCCCCUUGUCCUGAAUCCUACGACUCAUCUGCUGGAGCGACAUGGUUAUUUAAGUUGAAGUUACUGUUCUUUUUUUGAAGAAGAAGAGACAGAAAUCAAACCCUGGAUUGCAGACGGGGAAAUGAAACAGGCAGUACUGCACUGCACAAUGGUGCCACCAGAGGGUGCAAUAAGCUUGCAGGUGCCAAGGAGGGGCUUCAUAGUCUGCCAUGUCAGGGAGGCAGUGGUCUUACAGAAUGCCCUCUGGGUCAAAGAUCUCUGAUUUCUGUAGUCGUCAUGCAUAUAAAUGCUGCUUUAGCUGAAGGAAGCUAAUAGAGUUUAGCGGACACUUAACUGACAACCAAACGGUUUGAGUUCCAGAUGACUCUUUAAGAGUCGUCAUCUCUGUGCGGUCAUGAAAAAGAGUGGCAGUAAUACUUGAAAAAAAACUAUCUUUGGAGAUUGAAGAUGUCGCUAUUGUCUUUUUCUCUUUACUUCUUUCUUUCCCAGAGCGCACAGGUACUGCUGGGCACUGAAAUCCAUUGCUGUAUGAAACUUCAGUGAGAAACGUUGUUAGACUGCUUUUUGCUCUUAGGCUUGAACUUAAAGAUCAAACUUUGUGGACGAAGAAAAGACUUCUCUCUCUUUUCUCUUAAUGCUCUCUUAUUUUGUUACAAUCUAAAUUAAUCUUGGCUGGAAUUGAGGCUUCAAUAUAUGCAUUUUGUUGUUGGAGCACUGGUGCAAAUUGUCUCGAGUGUCCUGUUGCUAAGUACUCCGGGAGCAAAGGGGAAAAAAGAGAUGUAAGCUGAACUCCUUUUACCAAGUUUCACAAAGUUGAAAUUUGAAGGAAAAAAACAUGUCGCUCACACAUGGAUUUAUUUAUCAAUGUAUUUGUUUUCCCUCCUGUUGCAUACGUCAUAUGUUAUUCUCAAUUUUAUUUGUGUAAUAAUGGUUGUUCAUAUUAAUAUUAUUAUGAUGUCAUACUUAGGACCUUGUUUAUGUAGAUUUCAAGGUGUCAGCUUUAGUUGGGAGACAGGUUACUAUUUCAAUAAUGUUUGAUUUUUGAACAAAUACAGUUAGAAGAAUUAGACUCUGAGGUGUGAACAAAGGAACUGUGACCGACACCCUGUACUCUUUGAUGCGUCUCCCAUUUCUCUGUCAUUGUGAUAUUGUGAUAGGUCACAAAGAAGAGGUCCUAGAGGGUCAAGGUUCAACCAUCUGAUCCCUGGCCUUGCUCUCAACAUCAUGUCCUGUUUUAACAACACGGAAAUGCUUCCCUCCUCUUCCUCUCAUGAGGGAGUCGUUGAUCUAGAAUUUCUUUUUCGGGUGACAAAGCAGUGUGACACAUGUUCAUGUCCCGUCGUAGUCAAUGAGUGACUACCCGAUGGAGGAGAGCAAGGGAGGGUGCAUUUGAAAAGUAUUUAUAAAGGGCCGUGAAAUGAUUUGUCACGUGCUGUCACUUCUGUGAAGUGAAUCAGUGGGUAGGGGUGGUGAGAGUCCCUGCUCUUCACCCCCUACUAAAUGUAAUGUAAGCAAGGUACAGGAAAUAUAUUUUUAUUUUUCACCUAUGCCAUUUCAUACUUGUUUUUUUUGUUGGUUUUUUUACGUCAUGUAAAUAUCUGCAACAUAUCACUGGUAAAUGUUGAGUAAAACCAUCUGAUGGAGUUUGAGGGACAGCAGUUUACAUACCUCUCCACUGUGUUCUGACGUAGAGAAAAGCGGGUAGUGUGACAUUAAUGCAUCUACAACAGAUAACCAUUCGGAAUCACUCAUGCAGUUUCGGUCUUAGCUCUGGUAAAGCGUCAAACGGUUUGACAUCCCCGCGGUUUAACGAUCUGAAAUGGAAGCAUUGUUUAAAUGGAGACUAAUAUGGGAGGUUCAGGGUGGUGCUUGAGCUGCAGCUGAUGAUGUAGCCUGUUGUCAGCAUUAUCCGUUUUAGGUUUAAUUACGUACAUAAUGGAACUACACCAGCGUUACAUUGCAAAUGUAUAUUUGACAAGGAUCAGAAUAGGGUAGCUUGGCCUAAUUUGAUGAGAAGUAUAGGCCUACUCCAGAAGUGUGUGCCAAAAGAUUAGCUCAAUUGUAAGAAACAUGAUGACGAUAUAAAGGGGAAGAGAGGUUUCAGUGUUAUGUGUUUUGAGCUUGCGAACAAGAGAGGGGGAUAGAUCACUCCUGACCAGACAUGCAUCUUGACAACAAUUAGAUUUUUUCUUUGAUUUUAUAAGCUUUUUUUUCUUCUUCUAAGAUGCAUGACAGUUGGCUCUCUUAUUCAAAAGCGAAACUUUUGAAUAAGAGCUGGGAAGAAUUUUGCUUGAAUCAAUGACCCAUUUGUAUUGUGUUAGUCUAGUUGUGCAAUAUUUUCGAAGGAAAUAUUUUUCCCGCUUCUUUUUAUUUUCAAUAACAAUUUUCCCCCAAGUUAUGUGGAGAUAAACUGUAAUCACCAUCUUUUUUGCUUGUCUGUACAUUUAAUUUAUAUGAGAUUAUUUCCUGAACUAAAGGCUGUACAUAACUUGACUUUUGCUGAACAUUUAUUUGUCUUGCUAUGGGUUUGUUACUGACAGCUCAUUUGUGGGGUGUGGUAGGUGAUUUGAUUUUGACCAGGCAAACUUUCUGUCAUUGAGUUUGCAUUGGAUGGAAAAGAGUAAGUGCCCAGUUAUUGAGUGUAGUUGGUAUUGUAGUCGUUUAGGAUGUAGCUGUCAAGUUAAAGUGUGUCUGUGUUCAAUUGUGAGGUCAAUGGAUCCCAUCAGUGUUAUCUAUUAUCUUCAGUCAGUGCGUGCAUUUCCACCAAUCCCCCUUCAGAAAGCAAAUGCAUUUUUUACUGUUACGAUAAUCCUUUUGUUUGUUAUCAUAAUGCAAUGAAAAUCUACAAGAUCAAUGCUGACAUGUUCAUUUCUCUUUAUUAUGUGUUAUUUCGUCACAAAUCACAGUCCACCUGGGUUCACAUAAAUCACUGAAUACAUGCUGCCUGGUUGUUGGUUGUGAGGCUUGUUCAUUAAAUGAUUUUGAUGAGGUGACCUAUUAUAGACAUUGUAGGAUUUGGCUUUUCUUUUGAGAAGAAAUGUGCUUCGUACAUGUAGACGUAGAAAAAUCUAGGAGAAAAAAAAAAAACUUGAAAAAAAGAGUCUGAUUUGGUGACUGAAUGUUUAUAGUGAACGGUAGUAAGGCAUGCCAUGUAAAUUAUUUUACAAUUGUAUAUGUCACGCAUCUUUUGAAUAAAAUGUCAUUGUUUC